UUGUUAUUAUAAAAUUUCAUCAAGAUGAAGCUGUUGGCGGUGUAUCUUAUUUGUUUAAAAUUGGUAUACAGCUUGGAACUGGAUUCCCAAUGUGACAACCAUGGCACGCUUGUUUAUGAAGAUAUGCACUGCACACCUGUAAUGAAAGAGGGUCAUAAAUGCCCUGUAGAAUUUAAAUGUGAUUUGGAAGCCAAAAGCAACACCUGCAGAUUUAGAAACAGAGAUAUUCCUGUUGGUUCUUCUUUAUCUGACAACGAUACCUAUAGUGCAUGUACUGUAGGGUGUAGCUGUCAAGAAAACCACUCGUUCGAAUGUGCUGAAUUGGACUGCCCUGAAAACGAAGCACCGGGCCCCACUAGAAGCGAUUGCUAUCUAAAGUACAAACUUGGAGAAUGUUGCUCUGUAGGAACUAUGUGUGCCAGAAAAGACAAUCCGGCUGAAUGCAAAGUCAAUGGAGCAACUGUCAUGGAAGGCGAGGAAUUCUACCCACAAAAUACUUGUCUAAGUUGUGUAUGCGGAAAAGGUUUUACCGGCAAAUACACUUCGGAGUUUUGCCAGAGAAGAUCCUGUUUAGAGCAGGUUCAUAACAGCGAUAAAAUCAAGGAAAACUGUGCUCCUUUUUAUUUAUACGAUAAUGACAAACCGCUUUGUUGUCCUCAUUCGUGGGUUUGUCAGGCUUCUUCCAAUGUAACAAGGAUAGCUGCUAAUCCAAAAGCAGACCAAAAUACAGGUUUGACCUGCAAAUUUGGAUCGGAUACGUAUAAACUAGGUGAGAGAAUGGAGACUGUCUUUAAGAGUUACGAUGUAACCAGAAGAGUCCAAUGUGAAUGUAUGCUACCACCUUUCCUCACUUGCAGACAAAAAAUAAUCUGGCUAUGAACACACUCUUUUGGGUUUAACGAUAUGUAGGAAGAUAUGAAGAUGUUUGGAGACCUUAAUAGUUGUUCAUUCUAGAAGAAACUUACUAGAUAAUAGAAUUUUUUUUGUAAUUAAUCGAAAAUAAACAACUUCUUUUAA